AUGCAGAAUUAGCAAUAAAAAAUGUAAACUAUUUUAAUAGCUUAGAGCUAAGUUUACUAUUACAUACGAGAGGGAUUUUGGUCAACAAUGUAGAGAUUUUGUUAAGAACAAUACAAAGCAUUCGGCGAUCCUUUCUUUAUAUUUUGGAAAGCAUAUGGUCUUUAUCAGGAAGGUUUACCAAAUGAAGCAAUUAAUGAACUAACUUCUAUCUAACAUAAGAAAGAAAUUUAAUACGCUACUAUUGUAGCUUUGAUUACUUAUCAUUUAAGUACUAAUAUUGUGGAUAGGGAAACUGUUUAAAAUUUAAAAUUUGAAGAAUCAACAUAAAGAAGAUUGUCUAGUGAUAAAGCUAUUUGUUUGGCAGCAUUUUUCUAUGCAUUCAAUAAAGAACACGCAAAAGCUAGAGAUUUAAUAGAUGAAAUUCAUUCAGAUAACUUCAAUAUCAGAAUUGCUUCUGCAUGGUGCUAUUUAUUAGAAGGUGGUAAAUUCCUUGAAAAAUCAGUGCAACUAUUUGAAGAACUUUACAAUGAAUAGCAUGAAAUCAAUAAAAAUUUAGAAUCCUUAAUGGGAAGAUCUAAAGCAAAUGAAAUGAUAAAGAAAUUUGAUAUUUCACUGAAUACAAUAAACGAAAUUAAUGUACUUUAUCCAGACUUUAAAGGAGGUUUGAUUGAAAAAGCAAAACUUUUAAUGACUGUUGAUGAUUGGGAACAAUUAGUUGAUUAUUGCAAUAAGAUUUUAUAUGAUGAUGAUAAAAACAUCAUGGCUCUUAUGCUGUUAACAUUUUAUACAUUCGCAAGGGAGGGUGAUAUUGAAACAGGGUGCGAGAGACUUUAAAAGCUAAUUCAAGCUGUGGAAUUUAGUGAAUCUAGAAACAUGCAAUUAAUGUUUAAAAUUAGUUAAGUUUUCUCAAGAAUAUCAGGAAGAAAUACAUAAAUUUUAAAAUUCACAAUGAAGUUAGUUAAUUAAUGCAAAUAAUUAAGCCCUUUAAACGCAUAGUACUUUUGCGAGCUUGCUUAAUAACUUUUGAUGGUAAAUCAAUUUGAAAGAGCUGAAUAGUAUUUCUAAGAAGCUUCAGCAAUAGAUGUAGAUAAUAAAGAAUGUUUGAUGGGUUUGAUUUUAUCUAAAAUCAUGCAGGGAUAAACAGAGGAUGCUGAAUCUUAAAUUGAUUUUAUUAAUUAAACAACUAAUAAUGGUGAAAGAACAUCUGAAAUUGCUUAUUUGGAAGCUCUAGUUUCCACAAAGCAAGAAAAUGUUGAUCCUAGAGUUACAAUUAAACUUUUGGAAGAAUCUUUAAAGUUGCACAUAGCUCAAGCUAAUAGACUUUAUCCAAGCUUUGAUUUCUAUAUAGUUUUGAAUCCUGAUUUCCUCAUGUCUCUAUCUCAAGCUUAUUUCUUUUAAGUUGGCAUGAAAGAAAUGCUUGCAGGAAAAUAACCUCAAAAUGGAGUUGCUUCUAAAGGUACAAAGCUUUUAGAUUUUAUAAUCAAAAAGAUUCCAGGACUCAUUCCUGCUUACCUCCUUUAAGCUAAAGGAAAGAUGUCCAUGGGUAAUACUUAAGAAGCAUUAAAGAGUGUAACAAAAGUUAUUGAGUAGGAUCCUAAAAAUGAGGAAGCAUAUAUUCUAUCUGCUAUGAUUGCAUCGUCAUCAAAAAACUUUAGUCUAGCUUAAAACCAACUUUAACAAGCAUUAUCUAAUAAUUUCAUGAUUAGAGAUAAUCCCCUCUUCAUGCUUGUUAAAGGUGAGGUUGAGUAUGCCUAAGGAAGUUAUUAAGCUUGCUUAGAAACUAUGAAAGCUGCAUAUGAAAUUCCAGAAGUCAAAGAUAAAGCAAAUUAAUCUAAAGUAGUUUCUGCAAUGUCAGUACUCUAGUUUUCAGAUAAGGAUAGAUGUUCCAUAUUUUUAUUAUAUGCCAAAGCUCUUCAAUAAAACAACAAUUCAAAAGAAGCAAAAAAAAUUAUGACUUAAGCUAUUUCCCAAUUUACAGGAACAACAGAAGAAGUUAAUGUCCUGAUUGCUAAUUCUGAAAUUGCUUUGCAAUCUGGUGAUGUUAAGAAGGCUAUUUCUAUUUUAAAGGGUGUUCCUUAAGAAUCUCCUUAUUUCUUAAGAGCUCGUUAAAUAUUGGCUGAUGUCUAUCUUGACUAGUUGAGAGAUAGAAGAAAUUAUGCAAAAUGCUAUGCUGAUUUAAUUGAGAUAGAUCCUAGUUUUGAUAACUACAAAAUGCUUGGAGAUGCUCUCAUGAAAAUUAGAGAACCAGAAGAAGCUUCAAGGGCUUAUGAAAAGGCAGCCUUGAUCAAACCUGAUGAUGAGUAAAUCAUUCAAUUGUUAGGUCUUUCUCUCUGUCAAACCCAUGAUUACAAUAAAGCCUUAACUUAUUACGAAAAUGCUUUAAGGAUGAAUCCUAAAAGACUUGAUUUAAUUAUUGAUUUAGGUAAGUUAUGCAUCUAGAUUAAAAAUUUCAACAGAGCAGAAGAAAUUUUAAAACCUGAUAUAUUUUCCGAUGAAUAUUAAUUACCAACUUAUCAAAAUUUGAAGAGAAAUCAAGAAGGAUUUUACUUAAUCGCAAAACUUAACAUUAAGAGAACUCCUCCAGGUGUUUUUACACCUAUCGACAUGUAUAGAAAAGCCUUAAAAAAAUCUAUUUAGAUUUAAAUCGAUGUUAUAGAAAAAGCUAAGUAAGAAGGAGAAGAUGUAGAAAAAGAGAGAAAAACAUUGGCUGACAUGUAUAUUGAGCUUGCAAAAUACACUAAUUAAUAUGAGAAAAACGAGAAAGCAACACUUGAUAUCCUUGCUGAAGCUUCUAAAUACACAAACAAUUAAGAUACUAUGUCCAAAACAGUUGGAAAUUAGGAAAAGAUUCUUGAAUUGGAAGUGUAAAUGUACUUUAAGUCUAACUAAAAAUUAGAAUGUGAAAAUAAGUGUAAUUUGUUGCUAAAGUUGAACCCUAAUAAUGAUUUAGCUUGCUUAACACUUGCUGAACUCUUGCUUCAAAAAGAUGAAUACUCUUAGGCUAUUGAAUAAUUCAAAAAGAUACUAUAAGAUAGACCAAAUAAUUAUGGUAUUUUAGCAAAAUUAAUUGAUUUCUUUAGAAGAAGUUUCCAAAUUAACGAAGCCAAAACUUAUAUUGAAAGAGCAGAAAAAAAGGCUACUAAUACUAAUGAUCCCGGUCUUUGUUAUUGCAGAGGUCUUUAUCAUAAAUACAACAGAUCUCCUAAGGAUGCUCUUAAUGAGUUCUCUAAAGCAAAAAAAUCCUCAUAGUAUGCUGAAGAAAGCUUAGUUAACAUGAUUGAUAUAUAUCUAAAUCCUGAUUAAGAUUUAUAUUAUUCAAACGUUGAAGAAGGCCCAAAAGUAGUUGAUGAAGUAAAUUUGAGAGCUUGUGAAUCUCUUCUUAGAGAAAUGCAAAUAAGAGCAUCUUAUCUUAGAUAUAUUGUUAUGGAGAGUUACGUGUUCUUUUUAGGAGGUCCUCGCUAUAAAGGAGGAUUAGAGUAAGGCUUAAAGAAUUUAAAUGACAUCUUAAAAACUAAUAAUGAUUAUAUCCCAGCUAUGCUUGCUUUAGCAGUAGGUAAAUUCAUUCAAAAAAAAUCAACCGAUGCAAAAAAUCUGCUAAAGCUUCUUUGGAAGAGAUAAUAUACUACUGAGUAUGGUGAAGACCUUGAAAGAGCUUGGCUUUUAUCUGCUGAUUCUUUUAUUGCCAUCUAAAAGUAUGAUUCUGCAGAAGAAAUUUUAAAGAAAUGCUUAAAAUAUAACCAAUCUUGUGGAAAAGCAGAGGAGUACAUGGGUUUAAUUAAAGAGAAAGAAUAGUCUUAUGUAGAUGCUGCAACUCAUUACGAAAAGGCAUACAAAUUAACUAAUGAAAAAUCAGCAUCAAUUGCAUUUAGACUUAGUUUCAACUAUCUUAAAGCUAAAAGAUAUGUUGACUGUAUAAAUAUUUGCAAAAAAAUUUUAGUGCUUUUCCCAAAUUAUCCAAAAAUAGAAAAGGAUUGCUUGGAAAAGGCUCGUUAGGCUUUAAAAUGA